CUAAAAUAAUCCAGUGAGGUCAGCACCCGAGGCAUCCUGGGGUGAUUUUGUACAGACUGUUCCUUCUCUGCUGAGGAGUGACCGAGUGGAGCGUGGAAGUGUCCCUGCUCAGAGAAGCACCCGUCACACAGACAGGCAGGCAGGCACAGACAGAGGAACAUGAUGAUGACGGCAGCACCACAUGACAUCACCAAAGAGAGGAUGCUGCAUGCUAAGACUACAGGGGUCAGAGGAGAAGGUCUGAACCUGGGGAAGAAGAUCAGCGUUCCAAAGGAUCUGAUGAUGGAGGAGCUCAACCUUCCAUCUAAUCGAGGCUCUCGCAUGUUUCAGGAGAGACAGAAGAGGGCUGACAGGUUCACCGUGGAGAACACCGCCAAUGGUCCUUUUUACAACCUCCAUGAUCAAGUACAGGCCAGUUUCCCUCAACAGAUUACACCAGAUGGAGGAAAGGAAAACCCUGUACCUGGAAAGCACAGCCUGGUCAUGAACCUGCAGAAGACCAUAGCAAAGAAGGGCAGUCCUGACAUCAUCGCUCCCGGAUAUUCUGGCCCUCUGAAGGAGAUUCCUCACGAGAAAUUCAAUACAACAGUAAUCCCCAAAUCCUACUGUUCCCCUUGGAGUGAAGCUUUGGGUGGCAACGAAGAGCUCCUAAAUACCAUCAAUACCCAGCUGGCCCAACCUCCACAUAUGGCACAGCCAGCCAGCUACAGGUGCUUUAACAGAUCUCCAAUGCCAUUUGGGGGCAUCGUGACCAGCAAAAGAGCGAUUCCGGUGAUUGGCUUUGAGCCGAUGGAAUCCCACAACCUGCCUGGCAUCGCUGUGGGCCGCAUGUGUCGACAUUCAAACUUCAACAGAGCACCCAAGGGAUGGGGAAUUGAUUACAGCCCUGAAUCUAAUGAACUAUAAAAAAAGGAAUAAUAAAGACUGAAGCAUUGACCUAUGCGCGCACCUCUCCUUGCGCAAAUAUGACCCCUCUGUUAAUCAGCGGGCACAGCAGGAGAGGGUUUAAAAGAAAGAAAAAAAAACUGCAUGAUGUGUUGUGGUUUUCUAAUGCAGAGUGGUUUGACUAGCUGAAGCAAACUCACAGUAUUUAACAGAUCAUUAACAUCCUGAGAGAACAACCUAAGGCUGUUAAGCCUUUAGAGUAUGCAAUCCCAUCAACACCUCCACCUUCUUUCCACCUCUUUAUUUUCAGAGUCUCUGCUUGCAGGAUAGGUCUCCUUUGUAAUAACGCAUGGUUGAUUGAUGAAUAAUUUCCACUCUGAUGUUAUUAAUGACAAAAAUGAUUUGUUUAAUGACAAGUGAAAACUUUCAAAGAAAGUCUUAACAUGAGAAGUUAUUAUGCAGAAGAUAUUAAGGUUGUGGAAACUUAAAAAAAAAAAAUAAAUACCUGAACAUAAUGGUUUAAAAUGGUCUUCAGAAUGACAUUAUGGUACUACAUAAAAUAAGAUAAAUGCAGGUUUCACUUUGCUUACACAAGUGAAUAUAUACAAUGGCAUUCUAACAACCAGUUACUGUGUUGGUGUUAUAAAUGCUCAGUAGUGAGUCACCUUUCCAGCCAAAGGUGGCACCUGUUGAGUUCAUUUACAGCAAUGCAUGUGGCAAAAUAAAUCAGGUGUUUUCCUGGGA